GCGCCACACUGGGUUGUUGAGGAGGAGUGGGUGACGAGGAGGGACCACGACUUGGAAAAAAAGAAGAAGCCAAAUCGAUAGAAUGCACGGACAAAAGAGGGCCGUUUAACUGACAGUAACUUUUUACUGCGUCUUCUGGGAUGCGUUACGGAUUUGUUUCCCCAGGAAUGAAGAUCUUUUGUCUGUUUUAUUUAUUUAGUUGGCUGCAGUUCCAGGGAUGGCUGGCCGAGCUAGCAUAGCUUGCUAACACACUUAGCCUGUCACUGGGCGCCUCGGUCAGUGUGGAAGGGGAACUGCUCCGAGUGCGGACUCUGAUGUGGAUUUAUUUUUUCGGGGAGCACUUUUAUCCGGACGUUUAGGACGGCUCGCCGGCGUGAAUGGACACUUUUAGACAAACGCGCGUUGCCGGCAGUGAGAGGGCGUACCGUAACCGUUCCCGUGCUGGUUUUGGGGCGGCUAGUCGGCCGGGUGAUCCGCAACACAAAUGUGGCCGUGGCAUCCUUAGUCUCCGGAGCUGAAUCUGGCAGGCUUUUUGUAAAUGUCACGCUGAGAUUGAAGCUUCUCUCUCUUUUUGUUAGAAACUAGCAGAUCACUGCAUGAACAGGGUUGUGUGCACAUGCGCCCCAAAGUGCUGCUCCAUCCAUCCAUGCUGCAUUGAUUCUAGCCUCUGUCUGUCUGAAGACUGUGGUUAACGGAACAUCUCCACAUUCUGCAGCUGCCAGCAUCCGCAUCGCAUUAUUUGGACCGAAGUGAAACUGAAAACGCUCUCUCAUAUACGGACGGGGGAAGGGUGGGGGGGGAAUUUUUUUUUUAAAACUUUUUUUCACUGUCAGGCGUCGCACGGCGAACCUGUUGAGGCAGGCAGGCCUUUCCAGCUCAUGCAGGGAUGACUUUAGACUCCAUGAUGGCUUGUUGCCUGAGCGAGGAGGCGAAGGAGUCCAAGAGGAUCAACGCCGAGAUCGAGAAGCAGCUCCGACGGGACAAGAGGGACGCGAGGAGGGAGCUGAAGCUGCUGCUGCUGGGUACCGGAGAAAGCGGCAAGAGCACCUUCAUCAAGCAGAUGAGGAUCAUUCACGGCUCCGGCUACACAGAAGAAGACAAGAGGGGCUUCACCAAACUGGUCUAUCAGAACAUCUUCACCUCCAUGCAGGCCAUGAUCCACGCAGCUGAGAACCUCAACAUCCCCUACAAGUAUGAAGAGAACAAGAAUAAUGCUCUGCUGGUGCGGGACGUGGACGUGGAAAUGAUUUCCAGAUUUGAGCAGCCGUACAUUAAGGCAAUAAGGAUGCUGUGGUCAGACCCCGGCAUCAUGGAGGCAUACGACCGGAGGAGAGAGUACCAGCUUUCAGACUCAACCAAAUAUUACUUAAGCUGUUUUGAACGAAUAGCGUCCCAUGGGUACGUGCCCACUCUGCAGGACGUGCUGCGGGUUCGAGUGCCUACCACUGGCAUCAUUGAGUACCCGUUUGACCUGGAGAAUAUUAUCUUCAGCUAUCUAAGCGCUCUGGAUCGUAUCGCUGACCCAUCCUAUCUGCCAACCCAACAAGAUGUGCUUAGGGUUCGAAUCCCAACCACAGGGAUCAUAGAAUACCCUUUCGACUUGCAAAGCAUCAUUUUCAGGAUGGUUGAUGUUGGGGGUCAGAGGUCAGAAAGGAGGAAGUGGAUUCACUGCUUUGAGAACGUCACCUCCAUCAUGUUUCUAGUGGCGCUCAGCGAGUACGACCAGGUCCUGGUGGAGUCGGACAACGAGAAUCGUAUGGAGGAGAGCAAAGCUCUGUUCAGGACCAUCAUUACAUAUCCGUGGUUCCAAAACUCCUCUGUGAUUCUGUUCCUGAACAAGAAGGACCUGCUGGAGGAGAAGAUCAUGUAUUCUCACCUGGUCGACUAUUUCCCAGAGUUUGAAGGUCCGCGGCGGGACGCUCAGGCCGGCCGGGAGUUCAUCCUGAAGAUGUUUUUGGACUUGAAUCCCGACAAGGUCAUCUACUCGCACUUCACCUGCGCCACCGACACGGAGAACAUCCGCUUCGUUUUUGCCGCCGUCAAAGACACCAUCCUGCAGUUCAACCUCAAAGAGUAUAACCUGGUGUGACGGCGUGACCCAGCGGGCGCACGCUCACGUGCCCGGGGCGUCCAGUUUACCUCCAGAGACGCACAUCUGCAUGAAAGACUCGCUGGAAAGGACCGGCCCGGCCUCCUCCUUUCCCGGGCCAACGCCAGCCGUUCUCACUCGUAAAGGAUUCAUCGGUUCUGAGGUUUCACUCAUUGCUCCUUUUGCACAGGAACCACAUUCCUGGUUCUGUUCUGGCUGCCGCUCUCCCCGCUUUGCUUUGGCCCCUCAUAUUUCUGUUUGAAUCCACACUACACGACCUUUUGUACUUGGGACGGUUUGAGGUGCCUUGAGGGCUUUUUCCUGAGAAGACGGAGCGUUCACGGACUGUCGUAAACUCCAGACCCCGGCGUGAGGGUGGGAUCUGCGAUCUCCUGGGUUCUGCUCGGCGGAGGGGAACUCGUCUGUGCCGUGAGCUGUUUGAUAUCCCCCCCCCCCCCCCCCCCCCCUCUGUUUUUUUGCCUUUUCCCACCCCCAACCCGGAGAAACGGAUUCCUACGAAUGUAAAUAAGUCUGGACGGCGGCGGCAUCGGGGCGACGACGCGGACCUGCCUCUGCAUUGGCAGCAUUCGGUGGUUAUCCGGCUGCUGCUCCGUCUGUCACAGCUGAGCUCAGGAGGACUGAUACAAAAGAGGGAGCGGCUUGCCGCAUUGUUCCUGAACACCCCCCGAUUCCCUGUCGGCAUGCAAAGCGCGAGUUUGUUCUGGUCGUUCUCCUGUACAAACAUUGUGGUUGCCGGUGUGACGCUAGCUCUUGAAGUCGCUCAGACGAUAAAAGCGGCUGCCGUCCGAUGACGCGUUUGGCUUACGUGGUAUUCCAGUCACACCUGUAAUAGUACUGUGAUUACUUUUGUUGAGGUGGUUCCGUUUCGGGGACGCCGUUCGCCCGUCCUGGACAGAAGCGCUGAUGGUUGGGUGGGGGUCGGAUGGGGUCGUUCUCGGCCUGCUGAGCGAUGGCAACGCUUUUGUACGUCCAGUUCGAAGGUCGGAUGAAUUCCAGCUUUUGCGGCGUCUGGGAUGAGAGAUUUUGUACUGCUGUAAAAUAUCGACACUAUUCUAUGGACGCGCGUUCUUUCUGAGUUCUGUUGUGACGUUUGUGUUUGGACACAGCUGACAGAGGAAGACGAGCGUUGGUCGGGUUUGUGCUUUAUGCAAAAAGUGACACAAAAAACGCACGUGGUGGUUGAAUAUUUGCUUGUGUCGGGAUGUUUUGUCGGUUUUCCGAAUCCCAUGUGGUGGAUCUUUAAAUAUUCCAAUGGACCUGAGAGUUGGUUGAUCUGUUUCUGUCCUCACAAGGUCAUUCAGGUAAGUUUUCCACACAAGGGCUACUCUUAGCAGUUUUAGGAGGAACGGCGGAGCAAAGCGUGCAGCGACCCACCUGAAGGACUGAGGGGGGCGGGGUUUCAACCUCCGACGAUGGGGUUUCGUGAGGGGGGGCAGCAGGGGCUGACGGAACAUUCCAGUGAGACGGAAGCGGCCGCCGCUGCACGCAGCCCGGUGAACCGCGCGCUCGGUUCUGCCGUGUACACAUUUGCCUCUUCAUGUUUUCUCGGUGGAGCCGGAGCGUCUGGGACGUUUGGCGAACGCCGGACACGUUCCCAGGAAACGGCCGGAUGAGGAUUUGUUUCUGCACAUGCUGCAGUACUUUUUCUCCUUUUUGUAUUUGGAAACUUUUUUGCUAAAUGGUUUACAUUUGAAAGUGUCAGAGGAAAAACGGCGUGAACUGAUUAUUUGUAGGAGAUUCUAUUUAGCUUUGAUGAUUUCCGUCUUCUGUAUUUGGAGUCACGUUCAUAAUGCAGAUGUGCACAUUGUUGAGAAAGCCAUGACGUUUUCUGCACCCUUAUUUUUUUUUUUGCAAAGUGCCACUCUAUUAUUUAAAUUAGCGUUAACACUAACUAUGCCGCAGAUCUCAGGCUUAAACGUGCGGCAGAUCUUCCUCUGCUAAAGUAGUUUACAUUUGAUGCUUUAGCCGAACUUUAAAGGUUUUGGAAUCAACACACUUUAUUUGUGAAAGUGCUGCAACGCAGGGAAAACCAUCAACUUGGGAGUUUCCUCUGAAAAACAACUUUACUUCUUACAAAUCGCUUACGAUGUAAGGGUUGAUGGCACACUUCGUCAGCCAUUAACUCGCUUAUACCAUGGUCCCUUACAAAGGAAAUAAAUAUUCAAGUCCUUUAUUCUCGUUAUUUUUUCCAUUUGGUUUGCUUUUUUCACAAAAAGCGGACCUGGAGUGCAGCGGCAAAGGAGAGCGACAUCUAUGCUGAUGAUCACGAUGUGUUCAAUAAAGCAUCAGUUCAGAGAGAAAGUUCUCCUCUCACUGCUUGUUCUAAAGAGGCCAGCCCAGUGAUGCAGAACCUUUAAGCUAUGUGACCACAACUUCAAUUUCAGGCGUGCGGUUAUCACUUUAUAACGCACACCCAGCAGCCAAUCAGAAUCGAGUGUUCACCCGGACCAUGGUAUCUGUAAUAAAACUGAAAAGAAUAAAGUUUUUUUUUUGUUUUUAAACUGAAGUGUGGCACCAAAAGCCGUAUGGCUUCCCGCCUUCCAUAAAGGCACGGUUCACUUCCCGUCAACGUGCCGCAUGUUGUUGUGCGGCUUGUCGACCCCGGAGAGGUUUGCUUUGGUUUUGGCCGCUGCUUAAGCUUGAGAUCUGCUCUGCUGUUCGGGACGUCCUCCUUUCAUUUAUUUAAUUUUUUUCACUUGAUUUCAUUGGCGUACAGUUGAAGUAUAAAUCUUUUUUUUAUUUCUAUUUUGGCUUACCAAAUGUAAAUUCUGUACAAUGAGCGUGCCAACCCCCUUCUCUUAACAAGUGCCAACAUGGUGGUGGUGGUGGUGGGAGGGGGGGGGGGCGGUCCAGUUUUUAAUACAAACACUAAAGUUGUUGUAUGUGAGGAAAGAUGACACUUUUAUUCUGUAUUUAAGAUUAAAGAUGAACUGCUGUUUUUAAGACGACUGUCAUUUCAACUGCAUGUCUUUUAUUGGCUGGGGGGGUGGUGGGGGUGGAGGUCUUCAUGCCACGCCCUUGUGAGAAGGGUCAUUGAUUUACAGUAUUUAGCCAUACUUUUUUGUAUUGUUUCAUUUCGACCACUGUUGCCUGAACUCAUUCAAAUGUGACACUUCAUUCUACAUAGCCUUCUCCUCUAAGUGUUUUCAAUUUGAAUAAAAUGUUCCUAUACUCUC